AUACAAGGGUUCCAUGGCCAUAGCCUUCUGCAUGUAUUUUACUUCCAUCUGCAAGGAGGCAAGCUGUGGCUAUGUGAUCAUUGUAAUGGCUUUGUUCUGGUGCACAGAAGCUCUCCCAUUGGCUGUUACCGCCCUCUUCCCAGUGGUGCUCUUUCCAAUGAUGGGCAUCAUGAACUCAACUGCGGCCUGCAGUCAAUAUCUGAAGGAUACCAACAUGUUAUUUAUUGGAGGAAUGCUAGUGGCAAUCUCAGUUGAAAAAUGGAAUUUGCACAAGAGGAUAGCAUUACGAGUGUUGCUGAUUGUUGGAGUCAAACCUGCUUUAUUGCUUCUGGGAUUUAUGAUUGUGACAGCUUUCUUAUCUAUGUGGAUCACUAAUACAGCUACAACAGCCAUGAUGAUUCCAAUAGCCCAGGCUGUGAUUGAGCAACUAUAUAGCUCAGAGGAGAAAGUAGAUGAGCUUGUUGUUGAUCAAGCAGACAAAAGUGAGUGCCAGCUGAAUGGGAAGGCCAAACAGCUAAAUGAGGAUGUCAAAGUAGCCCCUGAUAAGGAACAAAAUGGCAAUAUAAAUCAGGCGUUUGAAAUGCCGGAAAAACAUUUGACAAUUGAAGAGCCCACAAAACAGGAGAAAAGUGCCACUGUCCUUGAAAUUGAUCUAGAAAAUGACAAACUGAAGAAGGACAAGCAAGCUCAUAGGCUGAAGAAGCACCUCAAACUCUGCAAAGGAAUGAGUCUCUGUGUAUGCUAUUCUGCCAGUAUUGGUGGCAUUGCAACAUUAACUGGCACCACACCCAACCUGGUCAUGAAAGGGCAGAUGGACGAAUUGUUCCCUGGAAACAACAAUAUCAUCAAUUUUGCUUCAUGGUUUGGAUUUUCCUUUCCUACGAUGAUUCUGCUACUCGCUCUUUCCUGGAUAUGGCUGCAGUUCUUGUUCCUGGGAACUAAAUUUAAGAAAAACUUUGGCUGUGGUAGAAAACCUGAACAAAAGGAAAAAGACAAGCGAGCAUAUCAAGUUAUCUUUUCUGAGCACAAGGAGCUCGGGUCUAUGUCCUUUGCAGAAAUCUGUGUUUUGGUUAUGUUUACCUUGCUAGUAAUUCUGUGGUUUUUAAGAGACCCAGGUUUCAUGCCAGGCUGGGCAACUAUCAGUUUUAACAAAGGUGGAAAAGAGUAUGUGACAGAUGCAACCGUUGCUGUAUUUAUAGCCCUCAUGAUGUUUAUAUUUCCUUCUGAGAUACCCUCAUGCAAAAAUGGGAGAAUUCGCCCACCACCGCCAAUUUUGGACUGGAAGACUGUGAACGAGAAGAUGCCAUGGAAUAUUGUCUUACUUUUGGGAGGAGGGUUUGCCCUGGCGAAAGGCAGUGAGGAUUCAGGAUUAUCCACGUGGCUUGGUGAUAAAUUGACACCACUGCAGAGUAUACCCCAUGUAGCCAUUGCAUUGGUCUUGUGUUUGAUGGUCGCUACAUUUACUGAAUGUACCAGUAAUGUGGCCACAACAACACUUUUCCUACCCAUCCUGGCAUCCAUGGCAAAGGCAAUACAUCUGAACCCGUUAUACAUAAUGCUCCCAUGCACUCUUUCUGCCUCGCUUGCAUUUAUGUUACCAGUUGCCACACCUCCUAACGCCAUCGCUUUUUCAUACGGGCAGCUCAAGGUAGUUGACAUGGCAAAAUCAGGAUUUGUUCUGAAUAUCAUAGGAGUUCUUGUUAUCACGUUGGCCAUUAACAGCUGGGGAUUUUAUAUGUUUGACCUGGGUAAGUUUCCUACUUGGGCAAACUCCACAGGAAAGCCUUAGAGAUUUUGUACUUGGAGAGAACGCAUUCACAGAGAUGCAUAAAUGGAUGUCUGUCUGGGAUUCUUAUUUGUUCCUCAAGGAUCCUGCCAUCCAAAUUGGGACUGCUCAGGAGCCUGGACUGAAGUGGAAAGACACAAAUUGCUGUGUCUAAAAACAAAUUAGAAAAAGUCAAAUGCCUUCCUCUGCAGGCUAUUUGGGAAUAUAAAGAAACAGACUGCCGCUGCAGACUGUGCUAGCCAUGGAAGAAGCCAUGUCUUACACCAGAUACCACUAUGAAGCGCUAUAUAAGUAAUACAUUGUAACAGCAUUGUUCAUGAAUUUAACUUAAAAUAAAAUUCUACAUUUU